AUGUCAAAUCGCUACUCCUCAAGAACAUUCCGCAGGAUGCUCGCCACCGCAACCGCCUUCCAGCCACAAAACAUGAUCGAAAAGAUUGCCCAGCGAUACGCCGUAGACCUCUCCCCUAACCAGACUAUCCUCAGUGGCGACUUUGUUGCCAUCCGGCCCGAACACGUCCUCACCCACGAUAACACCGGCGCCGUCAUCUCCAAGUUCAAGAGUAUUGGUGCAGCUCAGUUCAAGAACCCUCGUCAGCCCGUGUUUGCACUCGACCACGAUGUCCAGAACAAGACCGAGAAGAACUUGAACAAGUACGCAACGAUUGAGGCGUUCGCAGGAGAGAACAAAGUCGAUUUCUACCCAGCAGGCCGCGGUAUCGGACACCAGGUCAUGGUCGAGGAAGGAUACGCAUUCCCAGGAACACUCACCGUCGCCUCAGACUCUCACUCCAACAUGUACGGCGGUAUCGGAUCUCUCGGAACACCCAUCGUCCGGACAGAUGCUGCUGCUAUUUGGGCCACAGGCCAGACUUGGUGGCAAGUCCCGCCCGUUGUCAAGGUCGAGCUCAAGAACCAGCUGGCUCCCGGUGUGACAGGCAAGGAUGUGAUUAUUACGUUGUGCUCGGUUUUUAACAAGGAUGAGGUCCUGAAUACGGCGAUCGAGUUUACAGGCGAAGGUGUGCAGUCGUUGCAUAUUGAGGACCGCCUUGCGAUUGCCAACAUGACCACGGAGUGGGGUGCCCUUGCCGGUGUGUUCCCUAUUGAUGAUGUGACGAGGGAGUACUACCAGAAGCGAAUCCAGGUCUUGGAGAGGACUCGGUUCACCAACAAGAACAUUGAAAAGGUCCCUGCUGGUCAGGAGUUUGUUCACCCACGUGUCAACAAGGAGCGAGUUGAGCAGUUGGCCCAGAACAAGUUCUCGCCUGACCAUGGCGCUACCUAUGCCAAGCAUUUGGUCCUGGACUUGUCGACUGUCUCGCCCUAUAUCUCGGGUCCUAACUCUGUUAAGGUUGCCCAGUCGGUUCAGGAUCUGAAGGAUGUCAAGAUCAACAAGGCCUACUUGGUCUCGUGCGUCAACUCUCGUGCGAGCGAUCUCCGUCAGGCUGCGGCUGUUGUUCGGGGCAAGAAGAUUGCUGAGGGUGUUGAAUUCUAUGUCGCCGCGGCGAGUAGUGAGGUCCAGGCUGAGGUCGAGUCGACGGGCGACUGGCAGGCGCUUAUGGAUGCUGGUGCCAUUGCCCUCCCUGCUGGAUGUGGACCCUGCGUUGGUCUGGGAACUGGAUUGCUGCAGGAUGGAGAGAUUGGUAUUUCGGCAACAAACCGCAACUUCAAGGGUCGCAUGGGCUCUCCAAAGGCACUCGCCUACCUCGCCUCUCCCGCAGUCGUCGCCGCUUCCGCCAUCUCUGGAAAAAUCGUCGCCCCUUCCUCCAUCGCCACUUCCGGCACUGUCCCCAUACCAAAGACUAGCUUGAUCACCCUCAGCAGUGCAUCAGCAUCAGUCAACACUGAGGCUGCUGCAGUUUCGGACGAAACGAUCCCCAACUUCCCCUCCCACAUGACCGGCGAGCUGCUCUUCUGCCCUGCCGACAACCUCAACACCGACGGCAUCUACCCCGGAAAAUACACCUACCAGGACGACAUUGGCCCGGAGACCAUGCGCAAGGUGGUCAUGGAAAACUACGAUACCCAAUUCGCAAGCAUCGUCAAGCCCAGCGACAUCCUCAUCGGAGGCUUUAACUUUGGUACAGGAUCCUCUCGUGAACAAGCCGCCACCGCCCUGCUGUCUGCAGGCGUUAAACUCCUUAUUGCAGGAUCGUUCUCAGAAACCUUCAAGCGCAACUCGAUCAACAAUGGCUUGUUGUUGAUGGAGAGUCCUGAACUGGUGCGUGAUCUGGCGGCCGAAAGGGGUACUGCCAAGUUGACGGACCGGACUGGUUGGAAGGCGACUGUUUCCUUGGCGAGUGGCAAGGUUCAGGUUAGCAGGGAGGGGCAGGAGGAUAAGGUUUACAGAGUUGGUAGUCUUGGGAAGAGUGUUCAGGAGAUUUGGGUUGCUGGAGGUCUUGAGGGCUGGGUCAAGGGACGCAUUUAG